UCUCGUUCGGUCCCUCGCGCAGCUUCGCCAUUGCUCGCUCUUCUCGAUCGGUUUGCUUCCCGAACGUCAUGCAACGUCGACUGCUGGCGCUUCUGGGCUGCAUCUGGCUCAGCUUCGCUCUGGGCAUUGUCUGCACCGUGUUCACGGUCAAGCUCAAGAUCCAGACCGAGUACAUCCUGCGCGCGCUGGAGAGCUUCUACUCGCAGCAGCAGAUGACCGAGGAGCCGGCCGGCGAGUGUAAGACGGCGUUGUGCCGCUGGCACAGCGACUAUCUCUGGGGCCGCCUCAACGAGUCGGUCGAUCCGUGCCAGGACUUCUACGCGCACGUCUGCUCCUCGGCCUGGUUUCGAGAGGGCGGCCGGCUGAGCGACCAGCCGUACGCAGACUUCUCGGUCGCUCAGCUGCUCGCGGACGUCCGCGACUCACUGACUCGCUACGGGAGGCAGCAGCCAGAUGGUGAGCACGGUGCCUGGAGUUUCCCGGCGCAGGCAGUUUCGCUUCUCCGCCUGUGCGACAGGGCGUCGUCGUCGCCAUCGCCCAACGGUUGGAACGAAGUCCACGACGCGCUCUUUCGGGCGGGCCUAGGCGGCUGGCCGUACACGGACGAGCCUCCUGCCGACUGGAGCCUUCUGCCGGUGUUGGCGGGCCUGGAGCGCGACGUGGGCGAAGGCGUGCUGGCCAACGUGGCACUGCGCAGGGACCUCUCGCAGGCGGACGAGUACCAGGUGCACGUUGAACCACCCGAGACGCUGCUUCACCAGUUCCUGCUCCACCGGCGCUCGUCCAGCUCGCUGGUCGAGUACGAGACCCAGCUGGCGCAGCUCCUGUCCUCGGCGGCCGGCGGCAACGCGAGCAGCGGCUAUGUCGCCAACGCGAGCAGCAGCAGGGACUCGGUGUUCUCGCGCCUCGCCGCUGACCUGGUGGCCUUCGAGAAGCGGCUGGAGGCGAUCCGCGGAGCCCCGCUGCUGCCCCUGGAGCAGCGCUACGUGCGCGCCGGACAGCUGGGCGCCGUGGCGAAAUGGAACUGGACCGCCUUCUUGGCCGAGACGUUCCACGGCACGCGCACCGUGGUCUACAACACGACCGUCGUCUGCGACCGGUGCGCCUACUUCGGCAAGGCCACGCUCCUGGUGCAAGAGACGCCACAGAGGACGUUGGCCAACUAUGCCGCCGUGAGGCUGGUAGUCCUGCUAUCGCCGCUCCUGUCGGCCGACGAGCCGUGGUCGGCCUUCGUGACUAAGCUGUCCAGCAGGGGCCUAAGCGGACUGUCCGAGAGGCUGGAGACCUGCCUCGGCCUGCUGGAACGCACCUACCGCUACGGCUCUGCCAUGCUGGCGCGCAUGUCGCUGGGCCGCCAGUUCUCCACCGUGUACCGGACCCAGUACGACCGGCAGCUGGUGGCACUCGCCACAUCGGUGCUGCACUCGGCCAGCCUGCGCACCGGGCGCAUGGCCUUCCUUCGAGCGGAUGAGCGGCGCAGGGCGCAGUCCAAGCUGGCCGCCGUGGUCUUCCAAGUGUUCGGCACCGCGCCGAGCCUGUACUGGCCGGCGCUCUACUACGGCGUCUCGUCGCCCCUGCUCAGGGAGUCCGAGCCGCUGGCCAGCGCAGUCGCUCUGUUGAGGCACACGCGGCGCGCCUACCUCUCGUCGCGGGCGCCCAACCUCGACCUGGACGCGCAGUACCCGCUGCGGGUGUUCGGCGCUCCCAAUAGCUACUACUUCCCACUGCGAAACCUUCUUUUCCUGCCGCAGAGCCUGGUUGCGUUCUUGACGCGCGUCUCUAACACCAUCGACGCGCCCUUCAUUCCUGUCGUGGGCCGGCCUAUCCUGGCGGAGGCACUGCGCGCCAUCGACGCGCUCGACGGCAGACACGUCGACGAUGCGCUCGCCCUGCACACCUGGUGGGGCCUUAACUCGAGCGCUCGCUUCGAACGCCUGACACACUGCCUGCUGGACCAGUACGCCGCGAUCUUCUGGUCUUCGAACUCCGGAGGCGUCGGCGCCAACUGGCGCGAGCACGUGGACGCACACGCGUUGUUUCGCGACGUGGCGUCCGUGGCACCGCUGCUGGAUGCCUUCCGAGAGCGGCCGGGCUCGGACAGGCUCUCCGUACGCGUGAGCCGCGCGCGAGUGUUGGAGCCCACGCAGCUGUUCUUCGUGAACUUCGCGCUGUCGCUGUGCGACCACCACGGCCGCGGGACAAUGGGCCGGCUGCAGACCAAGCUCGGCUUGGUGCCCAGCGCCGUGCGCGUCAACCUCGCGGUCGCGAACUCGAGGGAGUUUGCUCGCGCUUUCCAGUGCAAGCCCAACCGGACUAUGGCCCCUGCGACGCGGUGUAGAGUCUGGUGACGACAGGCAGAUGCAGGGUGUCGUCAUAAAUAGAUAUUCAC